AUGGCCGCCAACGAUAAGAAGAUUACCCAGAUCACGAUUGAACGACGAGGCUCCAAAGACUCCCUCGACGUCAGGACUCCACGCGCAGCACGCUUCGCCGAAGCAACAUCAGUCUACUCGCCGGUUGAUCCUCCUCGGUCGCCCAUCGAGUACCCAACCAACCACUACAAGCCACAACCCCAGAUCGCAGACACAGGCUUCGGCUACAUGCAAUCCGUCGAGAUGGAGGAAACCGAUCGGAGGUACCUUCCUCCACCAACCCCCAAAACCCCACUCAAGAGUGCAUUGAAGUCGCCUGGCGCUCCGCCCCGGACGCCGGCCGGCGCAAUGUCAAUCAUGAGCCCUACCUUCCGGGAAGAGCAUCAGCUUGAGAAGCGGGAAGCCAUGACCGACAAGGAGCAAGCAAAGGAUUUGAAAAUCAAGGUUCGCGUUCGACUAGCAAAGAUCUUCCUACGGGGCAUCAACUUUGCCUGCUCGCUCAUCGUCCUUGCCAUGGUCGCCAGUGCCUUUGCCAUCUUCAACGCCACAAAGAACCUCGCACCAAGGAACAACCUUCCACCAUGGGCCGAUAACACCAAGGUCUGGCCUCAGAUUCUUCUGCUGUCCAUCGCCUGCGUCUCCCUCGUCAUGUCUAUCUUUGUCAUCAUCGCCUACUGGAGAGGAGGUCACCAUCGAGCUGAAAAGGUUGCGGCAUACUACACUGUCUUUGCUGUUGGAUUCUUCAUCUUUAGCAUCGUCAUGUGGGGUGUUGGUGCAGCCGUAUUCAACCAAAGCAAAGCGCAGAACAACAACAAAGACAUGUGGGGUUGGUCCUGCGUUGACAAUAAGCGACGACAUCUCUUCGAGGACGAUAUCGCCUACGGCCUUGUCUGCCGUCUUCAGAACUGGGCUCUCGUUUGCUGCAUCAUCGAAGUCGUAAUCGAAGUUCUAGUCAUUGCCAUCUACGGCAUCGUCUUCUACCGCUUCUGGUCUAAGCGCAAGCUCCGCAAGUCCAUGGCCAUGCGCGACCGUGCCCGUUCCGAUCUCUACCUCGCCCAGCUUCGCUCGCAAUCCGCACCCAACACCCCUGGCUUUGGUCCCAUGUCUCCCCGCUCCGGCGGCUGGCGCCCACCUCCAGGUCACCCAAUGUACGUUGACCCGCACUCUGCCGCUGAGGCUGGCGAGAGCGACAAGGUCCAAUACGCCUACGCUCGCGAGAUUGCUCAGCCCCAACCAUUCACUCUCCAGGCACCGCCUAUCAAGGUCACUGGUGCCACACCCAAAAUCGAGCAAGAUGGCUUCGACUCUGCACCCGCACGGACAGGCACCGUAUCCCCACCACUGCCAUCUCCAGGCUUCCAAGAAAGGAGGAACGAGCAUGUUGCUGCUGCGCCGGGUGAACAGCAGUACGCUGCUGUUCCCAUCCCCGGUGCUUACACACCGCUAGCAUCGCCCUCAUACCCACCUCCACAACAGCAACAACCCACAGGCUUUGACUUUGGCUCUUCAGUGACAGGUCAGCGAUAA